AUGGCCUAUAUUCCCGAGCACGAGAAGGACCCCGGAUGGCAGUACCUCCGCCGUACCCGUGAGGAACAGCUUGCUGACACCUCCAAGCCGUACGACUCGAAGAAGGAUGUCUGGGUCCCCGAUGCGGAGGACGGCUUCGUCCACGCCCAAAUCACCGGCACCAAGGGAGACACCGUCACGCUCACCACCGACAAGGGAAAUGAGGUGACCCUGAAGAAGGACCUCGUCCAGGAGAUGAACCCCCCGAAGUUCGAGAAGACCGAGGACAUGUCCAAUCUUUCCUUCCUCAACGACGCCUCUGUCCUCCACAAUCUGAGGGCCCGCUACGCGUCCAUGCUCAUCUACACCUACUCCGGCCUCUUCUGCGUCGUCAUCAACCCGUACAAGCGUCUGCCCAUCUACACCGACUCGGUGUGCCGCAUGUUCAUGGGCAAGCGCCGUAACGAGAUGCCGCCUCAUCUUUUCGCCGUCUCCGACGAGGCCUACCGCAACAUGUUGCUCGACCGCGAGAACCAGUCCAUGCUGAUCACCGGAGAAUCCGGAGCCGGAAAGACUGAGAACACCAAGAAGGUUAUUGCCUACUUCGCCGCCGUCGGCGCCAAGCAGAACGAGGCCGAGGGUAUCAAGUCGGACGACGGAGGCAAGAAGGCCACCCUUGAGGACCAGAUCGUCCGUACCAACCCUGUCCUCGAAGCUUUCGGAAACGCCAAGACUGUCCGUAACAACAACUCUUCCCGCUUCGGAAAGUUCAUCCGAAUCCACUUCUCGCGUACCGGCCGUGUCGCUUCUUGCGAUAUUGAGCACUACCUGCUGGAGAAGUCUCGUGUCAUCCGUCAAGCCCCAGGAGAGCGUUGCUACCACAUCUUCUACCAAAUCUUCACCGGAUACGUCCCCGGCCUCACCAAGAAGCUCCUUCUCGACAAGCCGAUCAAGGAGUACUGGUUCGUCGCCCAGGCCGAGCUUACCGUCGACGGUAUCGACGACACCGAAGAGUUCCAAGCCACCGAAGAAUCCUUCGACAUCCUCAACUUCAGCCAGGAGGAGAAGGACAACUGCUACAUGCUCAUGUCCGCCCAUAUGCACAUGGGUAACAUGCAGUUCAAGCAGCGCCCUCGCGAAGAACAGGCUGAGGCCGACGGCACUGAUGAGGCCGAGAGGGCCGCCGCCAUGUACGGCGUCGACCUCGAGAAGUUCCUGGACGCCCUAAUGAAGCCGAAGGUGAAGGUCGGCACGGAAUGGGUGCAGAAGGGACAGAACGUCGAGCAGGUCAACUGGGCCAAGGGAGCCAUGGCCAAGGCCGUCUACAACAGGGUCUUCAACUGGAUCGUCAAGAAGUGUAACGAGACCCUUGACCAGCAGGGAGUCUCCCGUGACUACUUCACUGGAGUGCUCGACAUUGCCGGAUUCGAGAUCUUCGACAUGAACUCCUUCGAGCAGUUGUGGAUCAACUUUGUCAACGAGAAGUUGCAGCAAUUCUUCAACCACCACAUGUUCGUCCUCGAGCAGGAGGAGUACGCCAGGGAGGGAAUCGCCUGGACCUUCAUCGAUUUCGGUCUGGAUCUCCAGGCCUGCAUCGAGCUGAUCGAGAAGCCCAUGGGCAUCAUCUCCAUGUUGGACGAAGAAUGUAUCGUCCCCAAGGCCACCGACAUGACCCUGGCCCAGAAGCUGUGCGACCAGCACUUGGGCAAGCACCCCAACUUCGAGAAGCCCAAGCCACCAAAGGGCAAGCAGGCCGAGGCCCACUUCGCCAUGAAGCAUUACGCCGGAACUGUGCGUUACAAUGUCACCAACUGGCUCGAGAAGAACAAGGACCCGCUCAACGACUCUGUUGUCGCCGUCAUGAAGGGAUCCCCUGGCAACCAGCUGAUCAAGACCAUCUGGGAGGACUAUCAGACCCAGGAGGAGGCCGCCAACGCCGCCAAGGAGGGCGGUGGUGGCAAGAAGAAGGGAAAGUCCGGCUCCAUGAUGACUGUGUCUAUGCUGUACCGCGAGUCCCUCAACAACUUGAUGGGCAUGUUGCACAAGACCCACCCCCACUUCAUCCGUUGCAUCAUCCCCAACGAGAAGAAGCAGUCCGGAGUCCUGGACGCCGCCCUGGUCAUGAACCAACUGACUUGCAACGGUGUGCUCGAAGGAAUCCGUAUUUGCCGCAAGGGAUUCCCCAACAGAAUUGCCCACCCCGAGUUCAAGCUCCGCUACGCUGUCCUCGCCGCCGCUGAGUCGCGCUCGGACCCCGAGGCCAAGAAGUGCGCCGAGGCCAUCCUCUCCAAGAUUGUCAACGAUGGAGACAUGACUGAGGAGCAGUUCCGUGUCGGAAAGACCAAGGUCUUCUUCAAGGCCGGUAUCCUGGCCGCCCUUGAGGAUCUGCGUGACGAGAAGCUCGGCGCUGUCUUCACCGGAUUCCAAGCCGCCAUCCGCCAAUACCUCGGAAAGGCCGACUGCCGUCGCCGCAUGCAGCAGCGCACUGGCUUCCUCGUGCUCCACCGUAACAUCCGCACCUGGACUGUCGUCCGCACCUGGGACUGGUAUCUUCUCUUCGGAAAGAUCCGCCCGAUGCUCAAGUGCGGAAAGGAGGGCGAAGAGGUCGAGAAGCUCGCCGCCAAGAUCAAGGAGCAAGAGGCUCGCCUGCCCGACGAGGAGAAGGCCCGCCAACAGGUCGAGGCCCUCAACGCCAAGCUGCUCGAGGAGAAGAACGCCGCUUUCGGCGAGCUCGAGACCUCGAAGGUGACGCUCAGCGGAUUGGAGGAGAAGAUGGCCCGUCUGUCUGCCCUCGCCCACGACGCCACCAAGCAAUUGGCCGAGCUGAACGAUCAGCUCGCCGAGCAGGAGGACCGCAACUCCGACGUCCAGCGCGCCAAGAAGAAGGUCGAGAAUGAGCUGGAGAACCUGAGGAAGCAGAUCGCCCAGGUGGAGGAGAACUUGACCAAGGUCGAGGGAGAGAAGCAGACCAAGGAUCAACAGAUCCGCACCCUCCAAGAUGAAAUGGCCAACCAGGACGAGUCGAUCGCCAAGUUGAACAAGGAGAAGAAGUCCCAGGAGGAGGCCAACAGGAAGCUGGUCGAGGAUCUGCAGAGCGAGGAGGACAAGAACAACAUGACCUCCAAGACCAAGCAAAAGCUCGAGAGGGCUCUGGAUGAUCUGGAGGAUGCUCUGGAGAGGGAGAAGAGGUCCAGGUCCGAGAUUGAGAAGCAGAAGAGGAAGAUCGAGGGCGAGCUGACCGUCGCCAGCGAAAAGAUCGAGGAGAUCGCCCGCGUCCGCACCGACCUCGAGGGCAACCUGAAGAAGAAGGAGGCCGAACACCAGGCCAUCGCCGGAAAGCUCGAGGAAGAGCAGUCGCUCGUCGGCAAGCUGCAGCGACAGAUCAAGGAGAGCCAGGCGCGCAUCUCCGAGUUGGAGGAUGAGGUCGAGUCUGAGCGCCAGAACCGCGCCAAGGCCGAUCGCUCCAAGGGAGAUCUGCAGCGCGAGUUGGACAACCUCAACGACCGUCUUGAUGAGGCUGGAGGCAUGACCGCCGCCCAGAUCGAGAUCAACAAGAAGCGUGAGGCCGAACUCGCCAAGCUCCGCCACCAGCUCGACGAGCUCAACCAGAACCACGAGAGCCAACUCGGAGCCCUCCGCAAGAAGCACACCGACUCAGUCUCCGAACUCACCGACCAGCUCGACCAGGCCCAGAAGUCGAAGGCCAAGGCCGAGAAGGACCGCGCCUCGGCCCUCCACGACUGCGAGUCCAUCCAGUCGGAGAUCGACUCGGAGACCUCGGCCAAGCUCCACAACGAGAAGCUCGCCAAGCAGUUCGAGCUGCAGGUGCAGGAGCUGCAGGCCAAGGCUGAUGAGCAGUACAGGCAACUCGCCGAGCUCUCCUCGCUAAAGGGCCGCCUCAACGGCGCCAACGGCGACCUGAACAAGGCGCUCGAGGAUGCCGAGUCGCAGCUCAACCAGCUCACCCGCUCCAAGGCCCAGCUCGUCAGCCAGCUCGAGGAGGCCAAGAGGACCCUCGAUGAAGAGUCGCGCGAGAGGCAGCAGUACGCCGCCCAGGCCAGCAACUACCAGCAUGAGGCUGAUGCUCUCCGCGAGUCGAUCGAUGAGGAGAUUGAGGCCAAAGCCGAGCUCCUCCGUCAACUCUCCAAGACCAACGCUGAGAUCCAGGUCUGGAAGUCGAAGUACGAGGGCGAAGAACUUGUCAAGGCCGACGAGCUCGACGAGGUUCGCCGCCGCCAGCAGCAGAAGAUCAACGACCUCCAAUCGGUCCUCGAUGCCAACAACUCGAAGAUCUCCUCCCUGGAGAAGACCAAGUCUCGCCUGUCCUCCGACCUCGACGAGGCCCAGGCUGACGUCGAGCGCGCCAACAACUACGUCUCGAACCUCGAGAAGAAGCAGAAGGGCUUCGACAAGAUCAUCGACGACUGGAGGAGGAAGACCGAGGAGCAAUCCACCGAUCUUGAGGCUGCCCAACGUGAUGCUCGCAACGCCUCCACUGAUCUGCUUCGCGCCAGGACUGCCCAGGACGAGUUGGCCUCUGCCGCUGAUGAGCUCCGCCGUGAGAAUGGAGCCCUCACCCAGGAAAUCCGCGAUCUCCAGGCUCAACUGGCCGAUGGAGGCCGAUCCGUGCAGGAGAUGCAACGUAUCGUCCGGACGCUCGAGCUCGAGAAGGAGGAACUGCAGCACGCCGUCGACGAAGCCGAGGCUGCCCUCGAGGCUGAGGAGAGCAAGGUGCUUCGUGCUCAAGUCGAGGUGACCCAGAUCCGCGCCGAGAUCGAGAAGAGGAUCCAGGAGAAGGAGGAGGAGUUCGAGAACACCAGGAAGAACCACCAGAGGUCCAUGGAGAGCAUGCAAGCCUCUUUGGAGAGCGAGCAGAAGGCCAAGGGAGACCUUGUGCGUAUCAAGAAGAAGUUGGAGGCCGACAUCACCGAGCUGGAGCUCGCGUUGGACCAUGCCAACCAGGCCAACGCCGAGGCGCUGAGGAACCUGAAGAAGACGCAAGACCAGAUUGCCGAGUUGCAGAAGCAGGUUGAGGAGGAGCAGCGGGCCAGGGAUGAUCUGAGGGAGCACUACUUCACCGCUGAGAAGAGGGCCACUCUUCUGCAGUCGGAGAAGGAGGAGUUGUCGGUCGCCCACGACGCCGCCGUGCGUGCCCGCAAGCAGGCUGAGACCGAGGCCAACGACGCCCGCAGCCAGGCCAACGAAUUCUCGGCCCAGGCCAACACCCUCUCGGCUGCCAAGAGGAAGUUGGAGGGAGAGAUCCAAGCCCUCCACGCUGACCUUGACGAGACCCUCGCCGAGUACAGGACCGCCCAGGAGAACUCGAACCGCGCCAUUGCCGAUGCUACCCGAUUGGCCGAUGCGUUGAGGCAAGAGCAGGAUCACUCCAACAACACUGAUCGCACGAAGAAGGCCCUGGAGCAGCAGCUCAAGGACUUCCAGGCUCGCCUGGAUGAGGCCGAGGCUGCCGCGCUCAAGGGAGGCAAGAAGGUCAUCCAGCAGCUGGAGAAGCGCGCCCGCGACCUCGAGAGCGAGCUGGAGGGCGAGCAACGCCGCUUCCAGGCCGGCAACAAGGAUCUGCAGAAGAACGAGAGGAAGGGCAAGGAACUCGAUUUCCAGAUUGGCGAGGACAAGAAGAACUUUGACCGCCUCAACGACCUCGUCGAGAAGCUGCAGAACAAGCUGAAGGCCCAGAAGAGGCAGAUUGACGAGGCUGAAGAGCAAGCCAACGGCCAUCUGCAGAAGUACCGCCAGGUGCAGCACCAGCUCGAGGACGCCGAGGAGCGCGCCGACUCUGCCGAGAACUCCCUCUCCAAGAUGAGGGCCAAGUCUCGCACUGCCUCGGUUGCCCCUGGCCUGCAGGGCUCGGCCUCUGUUGCCGUGAUGCGUGCCCCCAGCCGUUCCAACUUC